AUUUCCCAGAAGCUUGAACAUUCAGCCACCAAAGCAUUAGACCUUGCUCCAGGGUUCAGGGCAGCAAGAGGAAGAGAGGUGGGAAUAGAAGAUUGGGGUCAGGCUCAGAGAAGAAUUUGUGGGAGUGGGAGAAGCUUGGAGAUGGGAAGACAUAUUCAAAACCAUACAUAGCAGGACAUAAAGUGGGUGAGCCAAAUUAUCAUGAUGCCCUUGGAUUUCCAAGGUUUAGAAAGGGUCUGAUUGCUAUUCCUUCCUGACAUCUGAGAAAAUAUCCAGAGCCUGCACCCAGAAAGAAGACAGGCGUUUUUAGCCGCUGGAAACUGAGAAUAAAGGGAAGAGCUACAAAGGCAAAAAACCAAAAACAAAACCUUUUAUGCUGGGGAACAGAGAAGAACUACUCCCUUUUCCGGUACUACCUCACCCCAGGAAAUGGUUCUUUACCACGGGUGACCACAUCCACCCUGUUUCCAUAGAAACACCUGGGAGGAAGAGGGUGGCAGGGGCAGUUGAGUCACAGUUGCUUAACUGCCUGCCCCAAAUGGGCCUUGUUUAUGCCCUUCUGGGAAUCCCACUCUAUUCAGUGCCCUCCCAGCAUGCACUGAAGCGAUCAUCCCUCAAAUUGGAUGAGAACAGAGACUGGACUAUCUGAAGAAACCAAGAUGUCUGCAGUUCUGGAACAGCCUCCCGAGGACCCAGGCCUGCCCCAAUCCUCCCCAUGGCCCCCCCUCCUGUGUGGACCCUGCAUCCCCAUCAUGCUGGGCCUGGCCUUGGUGGCCGCCAUCUUCCUCCUGGCCACAGCUGUGCUGGCCGAACGUCUUUUCCGCCGUUCUCUGGAAUCAGACCCUACAGUCCGGGGGCCCAGCCUGGUCUGGCGCCCAGGAGGGGAGCUGUGGAUUGAGCCUGUGGGGACACCCCACGAACGAUCCCAGGAUUGGUAUGGUUCAACAGCCCCUCUUUUGCACUCCCAGGCUCCUGAGCCCCCUAUUCUUGGGGGCACUUUGGAAAUGCGGGCCACAGCACCCCCCUUUCCAGAUUCUCCUCUCUGUCCUUCAGUCCCCCCCCAAGCCCCGGAGUCUCCUGGCAGCACAUUCUGCACAGCAAAUCCUUGGGAAGAAAGGCCUCGGACGACUGGUCUGGUGGGCUGGUUUGAACCGCAACCAGGGCCAGAACCCUCACCCCCCCCACUGUAUAGCAUCCGACGGCCUGGGAGCCCUGAGCCUGACUGGAGCCUUCAGCCACGGGUAACCCUGGAGCAGAUCUCAGCUUUUUGGAGAAGAGAGAGCAGGGUACAUGGAGGCCCCUGAACCGUGAGGUUUUACCCAGGUUAAGCUUCCCAUAGAGAACUUCCUCCAUAUUGAAGGCCUAGGGGAAGCUGGGCUUCCUGAGGGUCCCGAGACAUUGGGACCUAUGGACAUAGGACCCUGGACCUCACCUUUGGACCCUGGACUAUCCCUCAGAGAAGAGAGGUAGGAUCCGGAAGGGACCGGCAAGGACAGAAUGCUGAGCACUUUUUAAAAAAAAACAUCAAGACUCUUUUCUUCUGGACUCUGGAGGUCAGGCUGGGUGGGGAUGAAGCGGUCACUCCAGCAGAGACAAAUGGAUCCCUAGCUCACCCUGUGAUAAGGUGCCAUCUCUCUUUAGAAUGGCUUAACGGAGGUGGGGCAAAUGAGGAUGUUAGUAUAAUCAUAAAGUCACCGGAGGGAGAACAUCAGCCGUGUGAAAUGUAGGAAAUGAACAAUUCUCUUUCCCACCCUUCAGCUUCUCUCAGUCUCCCACCUGCUGUUCCCUCCCAAGCUCCCAAUCCCCUUACCUGUGGCAAAUAAACCUGCUUCCAAGCACUUAA